CAUCGGAGUUCGUAGAAGUUCAGAAAGUCCCUCCAGCACUGAAGAAGAACAUCUCAUACCCACUGCUACUCUCGCCAGGGUUGAGUUUCUCCACACUUCACCAGAACACACUUCUAAAGUUCAGUUUUACUCCAUACUGCUGUCCAGGACACCUGAAACCUCUCCAGUUCACUCAGCAAACUGCGAUUUUACAGAUUUUGAACACUCGUCAGAAGCCAAAACAUAAAAUGGCGCACAAGCCGAUCCUUCGAGCCCUCGGAACCGGGCCGACGAGAAGAAACCUGUUCGGUCCGGUGGAUCGCGAGCAGCUCCAGCGCGAGUAUCGCGACGCGCUGAGGAAAGACCUGGAGGACGCGUCGCGUCGCUGGAGCUUCGACUUCGUUGCGGAGAAGCCGUUGGAGGGCGGAGACUUCCGCUGGGUGGGCGUGUCCGGCGUGCGCGUGCCCGUGCUGUACCGGAGCUGCGAGGACGCACGGAACCCCGCUGGAUCACCGGGAAAAGAGAACAGAUUCGGUUCGGUUCCGCAGGACGUGGAGAAAACGCCGGAAAAGAGAGCAGAGAUGAAGAGGAAACAGACGAACAUCACAGACUUCUACCAGGCAAAGAAGAGGCAAGUGGCCACGCCCCGCAAAUCAGGACAAUAACACACUCAGGACCUGUGUGUGAGUGUGUGUGUGUGUCGUGCCUGGACUCAUAUCCUCAUACGUGUAAAGACAUUCAAUAACUGACGUGAACUCAGUGGAUCUUCUGUUUUUCUACACCGUCAUCUACCUUCAUAGUGGAACCUGUUCCAGAUCUCUUCGUUUUCUGUCUUCAUCAUGUGUUAUUCAGGAACAGGAAUCUGUCAUUCCUCUUUGAGCACUUCCUGUUUAUAUGUUUGCAUUUCAACAUUUACCUGAAAAGUCCCUUUAAAUUCGAUGUGUGGAGGAAAGAUUCGAAUCAUCCAUGAAUGAAUCUUUCAGAAUCACGAAAUUGCGAAAAGGGUUUCAUUACGAACAAUGACAUAUUAUAAAACACUGAUUUUUUUCAGUGUGCACAUAUUCAAAUGUAUUGCUUUAUUGCACAAAACAUGUUGCUAAGUAACUUUAAAAACUGCUAUUUUUAAAUGUUUGGUGCCAAUUUGUUUUUUGACACAUAAAACUUAUUGUUAUUAUAAACGAAAACCUCAAUUAAGCUGCCAGUAUGUUCUCACACACAUUCUCGUAACUGAGCUGCGAUUAUGUUAUUGCAAUGUAAUUUUAUUUACAAACACUUGGUGUCGUUUGCGAAACACGAGCAGAAUCGCCGUAGUUUUUUCAUACGUUAAUUCGUACAUCAUGUUGCGUUAAAUUUAGUGUGGAAAUUAACGUACAAAUGUUUUACACAGACAUUUGUUCCAGGGUUAUUUUUGUUAACUUUAACUAAAACUGUUAAAAACAUUUCUGUUAAUUGAAAUAAAGUUAAAAUAAAUAAUAC